AUGGCGAAAAAUAAUUGGAAUCGUGUGGCAAUAUGCCUCACUCUUUUCUUCCUAGUGUAUGUCAUAUACCGCCGAAGAUGUAGAAGCAGCUCCAAAUUUGACGAAAACUCCAUUUUCAUUCCAGAGAACUCGAAAUUUACGUGUGAUGAUUUGUUUGAGGGUAACUCCUUCGGGAAAUUUAAUUUCUCUGCGAAAUAUUUUGAAGAUCUUCCAGCCUUUAGAGAAGAGACGAAGAAACACGGUACGGUUGGCGAUGAACAUUUAGUGAUGUUUCUAUCCGAACAACUGGCUCUGCACUACCUGGCCGGCAAAAAAGUUUUCAAAAGUGUCUGCGAAACAGGGUUCAACUACGGACACAGCAGCUUCAACUUCAUAACGGCUCGACCGGAUAGUAAAAUAUUAUCCUUCGAUAUCGGUCUCCACUCUCACACUCUAGAAAUAAUGGCCUACUUUAAGAAAACAUAUUUGGGUCGUUUCACCGGAAUUAUCGGAGAUUCAAGAUUCACUUUGCCGAAGUUUGUGACGGAUCAUCCGGACUACAAAUGCAACUUAUUCUUCUUGGAUGGUAGCAACACCUACGAAGUCGUGCUCUCAGAUCUCAAGAGUUUCAGCAAAAUUUCUGACGAGGAGAACAUCAUCAUCUUUGAUGGCUACCCCACUAAAGACAACAGUUCUGUCGAAACCCUGGGCAAAGCUUGGGAGCAGGCGAAAAGUGACGAAGUGAUUGCUGAGUUGAUGAGGUGCAGAAAGGGGAGAGAUGCCACGAAGGGGUUUUCCAUUGGAAAAUUUCUGUAA